UAGUCCACUAACAAGUAACAACCCCUAACUACUAUUAAACACCUAUAACCACUGACCCUCUAACACUUUCCACCAGCCUAUUCUGCUAUGUGCCGGAGGAUUUUUCACUAGUGCCAAUAUUUAUAAUCAAAAUGCCUAAAAUUCUUUUUCAUAUUUUUCAUUUAGUUUGUUUGAGUAAAAAUUAAGUAAUUCUUUCUCUUUCAUUGUGGUUUGUUGUGGAAUCUUCAUUGUUGUCACUGUGCACUAUGAGCCGAGCGAUUCAAGUAGUAAAAGCUCACGUUCCAUUGAUUAGUUUCCCAACCCGUGUCAAGUGGUCACCAAAGCUUACACCCCCUCCUGCAAUUAACGUCGCUGCUGUAUCGCCACAACUCCUAACCAACCAAGUUCCAGACACCAUAGAGGUUUUUCGCGUCGUGCCUGACCGAUUUCGUCGUCGCCCCGUUGAUAUUGAGGAGCUUGAAUACAUACAACGAGGGGGGCCUGAGUAAAAUGGACGACGAGACAAACGACAACAUUUUCAAACAAACUUUUAAAUAUUACAAACAAAAAGCCACACAGCCAUCAUUUGAUGAUGUAAUUGAUUUUAAAAACGCCCGGAACCUUGAUUCUGUUAUUGUUAAACAAGUACCUUCACCUUCCAAUGACUUGAUUGGUGAACUUGGUUUAAAGUACAAAGAAAACUGGGAGAUUUACGAGCUUAAAAAAGUCCCUGGUUUGUUUAUUAUUCCGAACUCAUUCACUGACAAAGGGCGAAGGAUGUGGGCGAAUAAAUGCGUGACCGAGUAUUUUAAGAAACCUCACGAAACAAACGUGGAUCCGUUUGAUGACAACCCAGAUAAGAUGUGGGAAUCAAGUUGUGAAUAUUUACAAAGCAAUGCGGGCAAAGGUUCAUGCACGUAUGAAGAUUCUCUAUCCUUACUAAAGUGUUGCCCGAUAUGGAAACUACGUUGGGCAACACUGGGUUACCAUCAUAAUUGGAACAGCAAGCAAUACAGCGAACAACCUUGUUCAGAACUCCCAAGCGAACUUCGUAAAACAAGCAAACUGUUCGCUUCCAUGAUUGGAACGGAUGAUUUUAAAGCAGAGGCGUCCAUAGUAAACUACUAUCAUGUUGGUAACGCCCUCUCACCCCAUGAUGACACAUCAGAGUUGUAUUUGGAAGCUCCGUUGGUUUCACUGAGUUUCGGGUUGUCUGCAGUCUUCCUUAUUGGAGGGACGAGUAAAGACCAAAAACCCGAAGCUUUAUUUAUUCGUUCUGGUGAUGUCAUAAUUAUGAGUGGCGCUUCACGCUUGGCUUACCACGCUGUACCAAGGAUAUUAAAACCUACCAGUGAUGCCCAACUUAAAUCUUCCAGUGUUGCCGACAACUUGGAUUUAUUUAUGUCACAUUCUCGUCUUAACAUUAACAUACGCCAAGUUCACUCCUAAUAAUACACCAUAUCUCAACGUCUAUACAACCUCAAUUUUGGUGAUUAGCAUAGUUCUAAAGAUUAAUUAAACGAAAUAUAUAUUUGUUGAUAUUGUAAAAGA